AUGGCCUGCAUCCCACCAAAAAAAGCAUGGCCUGCAACGUCGUUUAAUCCAAAAACGACUCCAAACCAUCAUCUGACAAUGUCCCCUUCUCUGACAUGUACACAUGACGAGGUUCUCAUUCUUACUUUUCCUCUCGGAAAGUUCGUAAAUCAGGAACAAUUGGAUUACAGAGGAGGAGUCUUACAUGAGUGA